CCAGCUUCCCAAAGCAGACAGUCCCUUGGGUGAUCACUCAGCUGGAGGAUGGGGCCAGGCCAGCCACCUAUCCACUGAGAUCCAUGAAGUUAAGAGUGCGUUAGAGGACGAAAAUCUCUCUAUCAGAGAUGGAUGGGACAACGAACUUCUUUACAGAUAACUGGCUGUACGUGGCUGUGGGCGUGGGCGGCCUGGUUGUGUUCCUGGGCUCCGCCUGUCUCAUCUAUCAAUGCUGGCUCUCCAAGUCUCAGGGUUCUAGGGAAGAGCGGAGUGGGACUCCAGCCUAUUCUACUUCCUGCUCCUCGAACUUCCAGUCCUCACUCGAACAUUCUUCUACUUCAGAUACCCUCCCAGGAUCGACGAGUCGACGUCUCUCCUCAAAGCCGAGAGCUUCAAGAAAGCAAUCCAAGAGCCGUCGAUCAAACGUUACCCACUGUGUAGACACACCGGUGGAGUCGAGUCCUCGCUGUACUCUUCCACUUGGGAGAGCUCCUACGUUACUCGAAGAGGACAGCACUUCGCUCUACUCAGAUAUUGACCACUCUUACCUCACCCCGGAUACAACUGCCUUACCUGCGAGGACCCUACGUCCCAUCUUGAACGAGUCGCCCACGAUCGAUUGCAAUGCCCAUAUGCCAAAGAACAUCUUCCCAUAUACCACCAUACCCAAAGUGAACCAACGCCGAGGGCCCGCUCUCAUUCCGAAGGACCGCCCUGGGCCCACUCGUCGAUAUGCUCCAGAGCAUACCAUAAGGUCUUUCCAUACCGGACAGUCUCGUUCCCGCGUUCUCCAGGAAGGUCACCUUCCCAAGAUGAGACUGAAGACAUCCUCCUACUUGACACCAUCCACUCUUUCCCUUCCGCAAUCUCCUCUUCCCCGUCCACCGCUUCUCCUGCCUCCUCGAUUGCCGCUAGAUCCGCCAUUAUCUGUACCCAGCAAGACUGAAGCCCCGUCACCCAUUAAGGACAACAUGCAGGAAGCUACGGUUGACGUUUCAGUGCCAAGCGACAGUGCCAUGUUGAGGCUCGUGAAGAAGAACCGGGCCAUUCGACCAGUCACCAUGGCACUCCUGGAUAUCGACAAGAAGUUCAGAGUGAAGCUUAGGUUGGUCGUAGGCGAGUGAAAGUGGAGUCAUAUGUGCCAUAUUCCGUUUCAGUAAAACUGCACUUCAACUACGCUGACACUUUCAGCAGAAAUGGUUAAUAAUUAAAAAAAAAUUGACACUAAAAGUAUAUUCAGACGUGUACAUGAAUUUGUCGAAAACGAUUAUAUAUUUAAGAUUUCUCGAGUGAAAAUUUGACAUGUGAGGAAUGAAUGGUGAAUAAUCUCUAUAUGAUAAUUAACAGGUCGUCAUUGAGUACCUAUUCAAAUGAAAUGCAAAUAUCAGAAGGAGCAGCCAAGACUGUUUGGUGGAUGGAUGGAUGCGUCUCUUACUUAAAAGGAGAUAAUGUGUGAAUUACUUCAGGUACAUGUGCAGACAUCACGCCAGAGAGAAUGUUAGAAGGAUGGCGAGAAGGAACAUACAAGAUAUAUCUCUAAAUGAAUUGUGGGGUUCAGUCCCUAAGCCCAUUAUGUGCCUCUGUAACCCUUUCCACUACCGCCCACAAGAUGGGUAUGGGGUGCAUAAUAAAUUAACUAAACUAAAAAACUA